UUUCGGUAAUCUACGGAGUAUUCGAGAGGAAUUUUGACUCGUCGGUCGUGAUUUGCGGUUAGAGUUGGCAGGUGUACUUUCAUCUCACUAAAAAUGAGUAGUUCUCAAAAGUUACCUAAAGGCAAAAAGCACAAAAAGGGUGGAAAAAGAGAUGAUUUCGACGACGAUGAUGAUGCUGUACAGGCGACAGAUAAUAUAUCCGAAACCACAGUCAAAGAGCAGAAUAAAAAAUCUGUUCAGAAAACGCAUGGUUCCCAGAUGGUUUCCAAGGGUAAGAAGAGUAAAAAAAAUUCAAAGAAAGAAGAUCUCUUUGACGACGAAAAUUCGGCAGAUGAAACCAAUAAAAUUUCGACAUUCGUCAACGAGGAAUCUGAUGAAGAUGCUGGUGAAAAAAUUUUUGCAGCACAGAUAGUGAAGAAGGGAAAGAAAAACAAGAAGAAUUCAAAGAAAGACGAUUUCUUUGAUGACGAUAACGAUGAUGACGCUAAACUAACAAAAAGUAUUUCCGAAUUGGACAUUGAAGACGUUGAUGAAGACACAUCCGAAAGAAUAAAACCUGUUCAACCGGUACGUAAAGGUAAAAAGAAUAAGAAGAUUGCAAAAAAAGCAGAGCAAUUCGACGAUGAAAGUGUCACACAUUCGAUAGAGAAUGUAUCGGAUGUAAGUGAUGAAGAAGAGCCUGAUGAUGAGGGUGAAAAAAUACGUGCAGCUCAAAUUGUAAAGAAAGGUAAAAAGAAUAAGAAAAAUUCCAAGAAAAUUGAAAUUGUUGACGAUGAACCUGAGGAAGAGGUAGUAGAAGAUGAUGCUGAAGUAAUAGUAGAAGAAAAGGCAGCAGUUUCAAAACUUACGCACAAGGAGAAAAGAAAGUUGAAAAAACAACAGGAGUAUGAAGCUACUGUUGAAAUGAUGACGAAAAAAGGAGGACAAGGACACAGCGAAUUAGAAUCAAAUUUCACCGUUUCUCAAAGCCUCAAUCAAGGCAGGGGACAGCAGCAGCUAGAUAACGCAGUUGAUAUCAAAGUUGAAAAUUUCAGCAUAGCUGCAAAAGGAAAGGAUCUCUUCACUAAUGCUAGUCUUUUAAUCGCUCAAGGGAGGAGAUAUGGGCUUGUUGGACCCAAUGGCCAUGGCAAGACAACGCUACUUCGUCACAUAGCUAAAAGAGCUUUUGCUAUACCACCAAACAUAGAUAUCCUUUAUUGUGAACAAGAAGUUGUAGCAGACGAUACACCGGCUGUCGAAGAAGUGCUCAAAGCUGAUGUCAAACGCACAGAGUUAUUAGCAGAAUGCAAAAAAUUAGAAGAACAAGCAGAGAAGGGUGAUACCAAAGUUCAAGAUCGCCUUCAAGAGGUUUAUGAAGAGCUCAAAGCAAUCGGGGCGGAUUCUGCAGAACCGCGAGCCCGCAGAAUUCUAGCUGGUCUAGGUUUUAGCCGUGCAAUGCAGGAUAGGGCUACUAAAAAUUUCUCAGGAGGUUGGCGCAUGCGUGUCUCAUUGGCUCGAGCUCUCUUUGUUGAGCCGACGCUGUUACUGCUUGAUGAACCCACUAAUCAUUUGGAUUUAAAUGCUGUUAUAUGGUUGGAUAAUUAUCUUCAAGCAUGGAAAAAAACUUUGCUCAUAGUCUCUCACGACCAGAGCUUUUUGGACAAUGUCUGCACUGAUAUUAUUCACUUGGAUCAGCAGAAACUGUACUAUUACAAGGGAAAUUAUAGCAUGUUCAAAAAAAUGUUUGUUCAGAAGCGCAAAGAAAUGAUCAAGGCUUAUGAGAAGCAAGAAAAACGCUUAAGAGACUUGAAGUCUUCUGGGUCUAGCAAAAAACAAGCUGAGAAAAAGCAGAAGGAAGCGUUGACUAGGAAGCAAGAGAAAAACAAGUCCAAGAUGCAAAAACAGGAGGAGGAAAAUGGCCCUCAGGAAUUGCUGCAGAGGCCCAAAGAAUAUCUAGUCAAGUUUAGAUUUCCGGAUCCACCUCCGCUGCAACCGCCUAUCCUUGGUUUACACAAUGUUACCUUUGCGUACUCGGGCCAAAAGCCCUUGUUUAUUGAUGUGGACUUCGGUAUAGAUCUAACAUCGCGGAUAGCAAUUGUCGGCCCAAACGGUGUUGGUAAAUCCACCUUUCUGAAACUCUUGACUGCAAAGAUUGAACCACUACAGGGAGAGCUUAUAAAAAAUCAUCGUUUGAGGAUAGGUAAGUUUGAUCAACAUUCUGGAGAACAUUUGACCGCCGAGGAAACACCGUCUGAGUACUUGAUGAGACUCUUUGAUUUGCCGUACGAAAAAGCACGGAAACAAUUAGGAACUUUUGGAUUAAGCUCUCACGCUCAUACGAUAAAGAUGAAAGAUCUGUCUGGUGGACAAAAAGCACGUGUUGCCUUAGCCGAGCUUUGUCUCAAUGCUCCCGAUGUCGUUAUUCUCGAUGAACCUACUAACAAUUUAGAUAUUGAGUCCAUUGACGCCUUAGCCGAGGCUAUGAACGAAUACAAGGGUGGAGUUAUUAUAGUUUCUCACGAUGAACGUUUGAUUCGUGAAACCAGUUGCUGUUUGUACGUCAUUGAAGAUCAACGGAUUAACGAAAUCGAUGGAGACUUUGACGAUUAUAGGAAAGAGCUUCUUGAAAGUCUUGGAGAAGUUGUUAAUAAUCCAAGUAUCGCUGCCAAUGCAGCAGUCUUGCAGUGACCAGGUGCAACAUGGGUUAAAGUCAGAUCAAAAUCCCUGGGUAGUCAUGUUCGACCGAUAGUCCUUGAGUACUUCCACUGAAGAGAAAUGAUUAAAUAUGAAUAAUUAGAUAUGCUUCAAAUUUAUUCACCUACGAAUAUCGAUAUAAAUCGAAGCAGUCUGGAUAUUUUUUACUUAUGUACAACGAAAAACAGUUGUACCGUGAGCCUUACUUAAUUAUACAUACAAAUGGCCUCAGCAUCGCUAAGUAAAAAUAGACAAUUAACAAGGUGAUUGGUGAUGUGCGAAUUGGUGGUUUCGUACGAAUGAUUCACGUAUCGAUGUGUGAAAACACAAGAAAGCAGUGAAUCGUUUUACUCGUGCGUGAGAUGAUGAAAAUAUUGAGCAACAAGAAUCCUGAACUGCACCAUUUUUUAUAAUAAAUGGAAUUGAUAAUACGUUGUCACAUGGCGUUUACCAAUAAUAGCUAGGAAUAACAAAUAUUACAAAUGAUAUGAUAACACAGUGAAAUAUAUCAAAGUAAAUUAUUUUUAUCAAUAUUAUAGGCUCUUUAAACUGCUGUAAUAACUGUGGUUUUUGUAAAAAUCGUUGAAAAUUCAA